AUGCCCCCCAAAAAGCGCAGCGCCCCAAGCAGCGGCCCCGCGCCCAAACGCGCACGCCAAUCCAAGCUCGCCAAAGAAAACGACAUUAGCGCGUCGGAGGAAAACGAAAUCAAAGAAGUAUUCCAUCUCUUCUCCGAGACCGUCGAGGAAUUCGCAGACCAAAAAGAAGGCGUGAUCCCACGCGGUGAUGUGCGCAAAGCCUUAGUAGCCCUCGGCCUCGACCCCACCGAUAGCGAAGAACUCCACUCCAUAAUCUCGGCCGUCGACCCCACGGAUACCGGGUACGUGCUGUACGAGCCGUUUCUUGCUGUCGCGGCGGCGAAGCUACGAUCUAGGUCUGAUGAUGCGAUGGCGGCGGAGGUGGAUGCGGCGUAUCGGUUGUUUACGAGGGGGUCGGGGGGAUUGAUUACGUUUAAUCAUUUGAAGAGGAUUGCGCGCGAGUUGAAGGAGGACGAGCUGGGGGAUGAGUUAUUGAAGGAUAUGAUUUUGGAGGCGAAUGGUGGGGCUGGGGUGCAUGCUGGGGUUACGUUGGAGCAAUUCCAUGAUGUUAUGACUAGGGCCGGGGUGUUUUGA